AUGUCAAAUAACUGGAUUUGUCUAAUAACCUCAUACCAUUCAUUCUUCAAAAACCUUCUUCCUGUAAGCCUUGUGCCGUUCCUCCUCCCUUUUUCGCGCCAUUUUCCGCCUUCCCCGCCUUUCUUGCUCCGCCAUUGUUUCCCUCCGCCUCUCGUCUCCGACUGUUGCCAUGCCAUGAGGAAUUCCCGUCUUCCAACCACCCUUCGUCCCCCUUUCCCUCCUUCGUCCCCCUUUCCCUCCUUCGUCCCGCUUUCCCUCCUUCGUCCCCCUUUCCCUCCUUCGUCCCCCUUUCCCUCCUUCGUCCCCCUUUCCCUCCUUCCUCCCCCUUUCCCUCCUUCGUCCCCCUUUCCCUCCUUCCUCCCCUUAUACCUCCCUACUUCCCUUGCUGCCUCCUCUCUUCCGUUCACCCUCACCCUCCCUCCCCCCCCCCCCCCCCCCCCCCCCCCCCCCCCCCCCCUUCCCUGUUGCGCCUUCCCUGACUCUCACAGCAACCCCCCCGCUGACAAUCAACGGCCAAGAUUGCUGCAACGGUGCCGUGAUCACUUUAGCCGUGUCGCACGGCAAUGUUGGCCGGCGGACGCUACCGGUUGGUCUCCCGCCGAGCCGCGGCGUUGCUGGGGACUGGACGGCGGCAUGUUAACCCCCGAUUCGGAAAUCGACGGCGAUUCGGGCGACCUUGUAACGGCCCGAGACGGUGGCGGCGGUGGCGCUGCGGGAAGCAACCGUGAAGCUGACGCGUCCGCUGCGGGUGGCUCUGGUGUUCCUGGUGCUGCUGGUGAUGGCGAUGAUAGCGCUGGCGGUGGUGCCGCCUCUUCGUCACGCAAGCAGCAUCGGCGAUCGAACAGCAGAUCGUCCAAGUCCGUCGAUUGGUCGCUAACGCCCUGUAACUCCGUCGCCGAUUUCGCCGACCUGAAAAUGGUCGGGCGAGGGCGGUGGGCGACCGUUUACGCCGCGACGCAUUGCAGGACCGGUAGGAGGGUCGUGCUGAAAAUUUAUUCUGCCCGGCAUCAGACGGCUGCGAUGCAGAAGCAGGUCGAGCGGGAGAUCUGGUGCAUGCGCCAGACGCGCGGACAUAAGCACGCGAUCGGCUUUCUCGGAAGCUUCGCCGACGACGCGAGCAGGAUUGAGAGUGCGAUCGACGCGAACAGCAGGGGAGGCGGGAAGGGGAAGAACCGGCGGAAGCAGACGGUUAUCGUGGAGGAAUUUGCGGCGGGAGGGGACGUUUAUCAGAGGCUGAUGAACGAGUUUUGCGGGCAGAUGCCGGAGGCGAUAGUCGUUCGCGAAAUCAUGUCGCCGCUGUUACAAAUCCUGCGAUUUCUGCACGCGAACGCGAUCAUCCAUCGCGACGUAAAACCCGAAAAUAUUCUGUUCGCCGCGGACGGGCAGCUGAAACUCGCCGAUUUCGGCCUCGCGAUCUGCACGAUGCGCGACCUGCCCGGCGCGCGCGUCGGCACACUCGAUUACAUGGCGCCUGACCUGCUUCAGUCUAUUCCAUCCGCUUCCGCGACUGCUUCUGCGACUGCUUCCGCGGAUGGCGCUAGCGCGGGCGCCGGUGGUGUUGCGCGCGGCAGUUCCGCGGAAUCCGCGAUCUAG